CCCCCACUUCGAAAUUUGAGUGCACCAAUAUCAAAUAUAUUCUGGUUCAAAAAAAAAAAAAAAAUAUCAAAUAUCUUCCACUAAAACUCUCACAGGGCGAAAUUAAGAAAAUCAAUGGAAGCCGAAGCUUCAUCGUUCGAGACCAGUGAAAUUUUGGCAACAUUUCUAGGCUCCACCCCAUUGUUAUCGGAUUCAUGGAAUCUCUGCCGCCACGCCAACUCCGCCGCUCCUCACGGUUUCCUCGUCAACCGAAUCGCCGGCGUCGCUUAUGUGGCGUUUUCCGGUGUCCAGACCGUUGCCGGAUUGGAUUUCGACCUUACUGGAUGCCGGAACUUGGUGGCAUUGGAUUGCGACGCCGCUGCCGGACUUUUCUCGGAGCUGCGAUGCCGCGGCGGCGAGGCGGAGGAGGAACCUGUCAUGGUUCAUGCUGGCAUGUUAAAUCUCUUCCUCUCUAUGUUCAAGUACACAGACUUUCAAUUCCAGGUUAGUUUCCAUGGUUUGAAGUCCAGUUUUUUUAAAUUGAUUAAUAUUUUAUUCACCGAAUUUGAUCAGUCGGAAUGAGACUUUUAUCAAAAGAGUCUUUCAUGAGUUUUUAAAACGAGAAGCUUUUACUGGAAAGAGUCUCAGACAAAUAUAAAGUUGGACUAAAUAAAACUUCAAUCGGAAAAGUCUCGGACAAAUUUGAACUGAACAAAUUUCGUGAAGGUAACAAUGUUGUUUUAAAAAAAAAUUAACAUAUAUUUUCUUGUGUUUUCUGGGUAAAUGAUAUAUAUUAUCAGGUAGAAUUUAUUUUUGAAACCGGACUUAUAAGAUGCGGCGAGGGUACUUUGGCAAUUUUGUUGAUUUAAUCGGCAGUUCAUGCAUAAUAUAAAUUAUUAGGUAGAAUUUAUUUUUGAAACCCGACUUAUAAGGCGAGGGUACUUUAGCAAAUAUGUUGAUUAAAGUCGGCAGUUCAUGCAAUGCCAUAUUCAAUUUGGGUUGCCUCUGAUUCUAGUCAACAUGGUGACUUGCUAUACCAAAUGAUAUAAACUAUUAGGCAGAAUUCACGCAUGAAACUCGGCUUGCAAAGGGCGGAUGUCUAAGGAAUGUAUAUUUAUGUGACUAAGUCUAUUGUUAGGUGAUGUGAAAUCAUAAAAGUAAGCCAAAAAAAGGUUCAUCCAUUAAAUUUUUUAUUAUGAGUCCGAGCUCGAGCUGGAGUUGAAUAUGAAAGAAAUUAUGAGUAGGCUUUUUUUGCAAUUAAGGUAUUAAUUUGCUUAUAUUUCUAAAAAAAUAAAUAAAUAUAGAGACAUUAAUCUAUGGUGGUGAAAAAGAAAAUGGGUAUAUCACAUGUUAAAAAUUCAAUGAACACCAUCAAAUGUUUAGAAGCAACAUGCAAGUGUAUAAGUUAUAAUUAAUUGAGUUAAUUUAGUUGGGUCACCUUCACAUAUUGUAAUCGAGAAAUUUGGGAUUAAUCUUUGUUAAAGAAAAACAAAUAACUAUUCUUCCUUAAUUUGCUUAAUUUAGAUUCAUUUAUUUAAUAUUUAAUUUGACACUCCAAUGCAUGAGGUGAAAAUAUUCUUAAAAACCACAAGAUAUAUCCAUAUUAAUUAUCAAUGUAGCCACUUAAUAUGAUGUGGCUUACAUUUAAAAUAAAUUUAUUUCAUAAAUUUUAUUUUCUGACCAUUUUUCAAAUAAUAUAUAUAUAUAUA